AUGGCUAUCUGGGAUAACUUGAGCGGUCGUAAGGAGACUACGGCGCCCUCUCCGUAUGAUGCAUCGAAUGCGCAAGAUGCGACCUCAUUCUUGUCCGAAGUCGCCAUUCCCGACCCCAGUCAAUUGCAUCCCCUGGCUGGCUUGAAUCAAGAUACUCUCGAUUAUCUGACUCUCGAAGAUUCUGCUCUUGACUCUCUUCCCGGCUCUCGCUCCGUUCUGCCAUCUCGCGGCUGGUCCGACGACCUUUGCUAUGGUGCCGGCACUACGUACUUGGUCGCCUUGACUGUCGGUGGCGCAUGGGGUCUUGCGGAAGGAUUGAACAAAACACCAGUCACAGCUCCUCCCAAGAUUCGUCUGAACGGUGUACUGAACUCGAUCACCCGCCGUGGUCCCUUCCUGGGCAACUCCGCCGGUGUUGUGGCGAUGGUCUACAACGGGUUCAACUCGGCCAUCGGCUACGCUCGGGGCAAGCACGAUGCCGCUAACAGUGUUGCGGCGGGUGCCCUGAGUGGCAUGCUCUUUAAGAGCACGCGUGGUGUCAAACCCAUGAUGAUCUCUGGAGGCAUUGUAGCGUCCAUCGCGGGCGCAUGGGCUGUUACGCGCAAGGCUCUUUUCUAA